AUGGUCCAUUCACCUGAAGAGCAGCUGCUGUCAUUAUCCCCAGCCCCGAGUUCUCGACGCAAUUCAAACCAUGUGACUCAAGAAUCAUUUGCUAACCUGUAUGAUGAUGGCAGUGAUCGACAGGAAUCGCAAGCAGGUCCUUCGAGCAUUGUCAUGACGCAUGAUAUUAGUGCAAUGUAUACACCUUUUUUCGAAUGUCCUAUUGUUACCCAUGAUCUAUAUAUCCCACUACCUACGACCAUUCGUGGCUACAUCGAAGUACCAAAAGGCAAAUUCACUCAUCCACCUUAUCCUUUACGUAAACGCCAACCGGAAUGCAAACGUCUCGAGCGUACAUAUCAUCCAUUCCUUGACAAAGAGAGCCAUAUUGUAGAAAGAGAGGGACCAUCUUUAUUUCGACGAGCUACAAAACGGCAUAGUCUUGCAAGUGGCCAAAUCGAUCGACUUGUACAUGCACGUCGAGGUGCAGCAGCAGAGAUUCAUGAUCCAAAACAUCAACAGAAUAAAUCGGAUACUGGUGUCUUUUGGCCAAUGGUGACAACAUCUCCUCCACCUCCUCCACCUCCUCCACAACAGCAACAGCAACAACUACAACAACCCGUUCCUAACAAUGGACCAUCUCGUAUUGCAUUUGAUGCCCAUGUUGACCAUGACAAUAUAUCACCAGCCGUCUCACCCCCAAGACAUCCAUUUGAACGAUAA